AUGGCUAAAGGGAAAAGAAAGACAACGGGAGAUACCAAUCCUCUUCAAGCCAUUGGCAGUACAGUUGAGGGUGAGGGAAAGAGAAGCUCCAAGUGUGGCACAAAGAUCCGGCCAUGGUCGGAUCUUCUUCCAGAUAUACUAAGAUUAAUAGUGCAACGGUUGUAUCUAGGGGAUCGAAUCCGCUUCCAGGCAGUUUGCAAGGGUUGGCUACACCUACCCAUUACUGACAUUCAACCCACUGAAGAAUUGCCAUGGAUAAUGAAUUAUGUCUUUAUACCUACUAGUAGCGUAUGCGCACUCUUUGAACCUUCCCGCAGACUACCCCACAUUAAUCGAAGUAAGAGUGACUUGAGAAAGCCGAGCAAGCUGUUCCUUGCAAAAGUGUCUGCUUCCAGAGCUGGUUGGGCGCUUUUCUCCAAAAAGGCUAAGGAGCCAGUUAAGUUUACUUCAUAUUUUGUUUAUAAUCCUCUCAGUAAAGAGAUCAUAUCACUGCCUAAUUUAAAGUGGCCUUACUGCAAUGAUGUGGCCACAUUCUCCUCUGCUCCAACUUCCUCCGACUGUGUCUUCUUUGUGCCCCAUCAUUAUAAAGAUGGCCGAGGUUUCAUCAGCACAUACUCCAUUGGGAAUAUAGAAUGGAAGACAUGGGAAUUUUCUGCUUUCCACCGACCCAUUCAAGCUUCUGGUGUCGUUUACCUGGACGGCAGUUUUUAUAUUUUUACUGUACAGUCUAUGGUGGGUGAGUAG